UUUGCACAGAAUCCAUGAGGAAACAGCGGAAAUUUUUUUUUAUCAGCUGCAUUAUAAAUAUGAGAGAUGAAAAAUUGAAUCCUGUAGUCUUUGAAGUAUUUCAGUGGCGAGAAGAAUUUUUUUUUUAUCAUCAUGGAUAGUAUUCUAUCGAAAAAUCCAAAAUUCAAAAUUGAAAAUGGAGUUCUUAAAGGAGAGGAAAUAGCGGUGGAUGUUGGUGACGCUGAUGUUGGAAGGGAAAUGUUUCAAACUCUGAUGAAUAAUCCGAAUUUCGUUGGUCAGGUAGAUGCAGUCACAGGUGAAGAGUGCACUUUCAAAAGAAUGGCAGACGAAAGUGUUAGAUGCUCGUUAUGGAUGAGAAAAGAAGGAAUGAAACUCGGAGAUGCUGUUGUUGUUUUUACUCAUAAUCACUUGGCAACAUAUAUUCCCUGCCUUGCAACAUUAUUCAACAGAGGAAUCAUUUGUCCUUCAUUUUCAGGACACUCUGUUGAAAAUUUAGAAUACAUUACCGAACUGAUAAAACCAAAAUUUAUCUUCGCCGACGAGAGAGAAGCAAUAUUAAUUGAUAAAAUGUUGAAGAAAAAGGAAAAUAAUGAUAUAAAAAUUAUAACGUUUGAAAAAAUUGAGGGAUUUAUUUCAAUUUUUGAUGUACUCGAUGGACAUAAUUCAGAGGAGAUUGACAAUUUUUCUUGCACAAAACCAAAUAGUCCGGAGGAUAAUUGUAUAUUAAUUUUCACGUCUGGCGCGUCUGGUGAACCAAAACCAACGCUACAUUUAUAUGGUUCAGUGAUGCAUACAAUUUUAAUGUGUCGAUUAAUUAAAAAUCGUGAAUGUCAAGUGGCAUUAAAUAGUUCGCCACUCGGUUGGGUAACGGGAAUUGUUAAUACAAUUCUUGAUAUUGUGAUGUUUAUAAAGAAGAUAAUUAUUCAUGAAAAAGGACACGAGCCAGAGGAAAUUCUUCGUUUCAUCGAAAAAUACAAGGUGUCAAAUUUGAUUCUGGCAUUCGAUAUGAUUUACAAAUGUCACAUGGUGAAAAAUUGGAGAGAUUACGAUUUAACGUCUAUUAAACGAAUGUCAAUUGGUGGUGCAAAAUUGAAUCCAAAUGUAUUUGAAUUUUUUCAAGAAAUUUUUCCAAACGGCCAACUACAAAUUGCGUAUGGUUCAACGGAAUUAUUAUUGAUAGGUUUUAAAACUGUGAUAAAUAGGGAAAAUUUUGAUUCCUGUGGUUUUAUUAUUCCCGGAGUUCAAGUGAAAGUAAUUAAUCCUCAAAAUGGAGAAACUUUACGAGCAAAUGAAAUUGGAGAACUUUGUUUUAAAACGCCAUUUAUGUUUAGAGAAUAUUAUAAAAAUCCAGAGGCAACGAAAUCGUCAAUUGACGAGAACGGUUGGUUUCAUUCGAAAGAUUGUGGUUAUUACGAUGAGAAAGGUUACGGCUAUAUUGCAAGUAGAAAAUCAAAUUUAUCCCUCGACGAUGAGAAAAAUCAAAUUCAUUGGGAAAUUGAAAGAAUUUUAUUGUUGAAUUCAAGUGUCGUUGAAGUUGCCACAAUUUCUGAUACGAAAAAUUCGAAAAUAAGAAUUUUCGCAUUUGUCACCAUUAUUCCAAAUGCAAAGGUGACGGAAGAGGAAUUGGUGGAUAUUCUAAAAUUUCUCAGCUUAAAGGAAUGUCAGGUAACUGUUAAAAUUUUAGAAAACAUGCCACUUACCUAUAGUGGAAAAAUAAAAAUCAACGUUUUGAAAACAAUGACUGAAAGCAUGUAAAAUUCUAUAAAAUUCAAGGGAAAAAAAGAGAAAAAUAAUAUUUAAAAAAAAAAAUAAAAAAAAUUGAAUAAUAAAAAAAUAAUGAAAAU